AUGCAGCCCCCUCGCCUCCUCCUCCUCCUCUUCCUUCUUCUCCUCCUUCCUGGGACGUGGGCAGAUCCAGAGGGCUCUUGGAAACUCCACCUUUUUCGAACCACUGUCUUCCACAACACCAGCUCUGUGGACAUGUCGGGCUGGGCCACCCUGGAGGACAUUGUCUUUGUUAAGCUGCAGAAAUACACCUGGAACAUCCUCUACCUCCAGCCAUGGGUCUACCCGUCCCUGCCUGCAGCAGAAUGGGAGAACCUGCAAAACCUGUUCAGGGCCUACUUGCAGGACCUCAACCGGUACCUGUCCAAUGAUGCCAGAUUGUACCAGACACCCUACCCCUUUGUGUUCCAGGGCACAACUGGCUGUGACUUGUAUCCCAAUGGCUCCUAUACCAAAUUCUACCGUCUCGCCUACAAUGCCCACGACUUACUCAGCUUUGACGUGGACAACAGCCGCUGGGAGAGGUGGCAGGAGAGUGAGCUGGCAGUGCAAGUUGAGAGGCAGUUCAACAGCUUCACUGGCUUCUCUGUGACCCUGCAGCACCUUCUCAAUGUCACCUGUGUUGACCACAUGAAGAAAUUCAUUGAGUACGGGAGGGCUGACCUGGAGAGACAAGAGCUGCCCGUGGCCACGGUCUUUGCCCGCACACCCAGACCAGACCAGCUCCUGCUCGUUUGUCUCGUUUGCCGUGGCACUGGCUUCUACCCACGGCCCAUCAGCGUGGCCUGGCUGCGGGAUGGCCAGGAGGUGCCGCCAGGCCCGGCGCUCAACACCAGCACCAUCCUGCCCAACGCCGACCUCACCUACCAGCUCCGCAGCGUCCUGGCCGUGGCCUCCCAUGACGGGCACAGCUACGCCUGCCGCGUGCGCCACCGCAGCCUGGGCACCCGCAGCCUCCUCAUCCCAUGGGGCAGCUCCAAGGCAGCUCUCAGUGUCGGCAUCACCAUCGCAGUGCUGCUGAUCGUGGCUGCAGCCCUUGCUGGGGCCAUCUGGCGCUACAGGCGCAUGUGA